UUUGCCUUGAGUGCAUUGUUCGUGUAUACUCGCUCGUUGUCAUACACAUGAAUGAGACGCCAAAGAAAAGGAAAAGCAGUGUGCGAAAAUAAAACAACAACCUACAAUAAUGACCAGCUAGCUAACUCUCUCCCUCCCCUUCCCUCUGCUUUGGUUCUGUCACUCGAUUCUUUCAUCAUUCGUUUCUCCCACUAAGUAGGCGAUGAGUUUGUGAUAAUGGUGGUUGUUUUCUGAAUUUGUAAGAGUUUGGAGAGAGAAAGGGAAUUAAAAAAAAAAAAAUGUUCAGGUUGCAUAGGAGCAAGGCGGCUAAAUCAGGGGAGAGGGUUGAUUUCAAAUUCUCAAACUUUCAGGCCACUCAGGUGCCAAAAGGGUGGGACAAACUUUUUGUAUCUAUUGUCUCCGUCGAAACAGGUAAAUCAAUUGCAAAGUCGAGCAAAGCAUCAACACGGAAUGGAAAUUGUCAAUGGACAGAAACCCUGUCAGAAUCAAUUUGGAUUUCCCAAGAGGAUAACUCGAAGGAUCUGGAGGAGUUUCUCUUCAAGUUUGUUGUUUCCAUGGGAUCAGCUAGAUCUGGAAUCCUUGGAGAGGCUACCAUCAAUAUGGCAAGUUACAUGAGUUCAAGUGCCUCUGUUUCAGUUUCAUUGCCUUUGAAGAAGUGCAAUCAUGGGACAAUUUUACAAGUAAAAAUUCAUUGCUUAACACCAAGGAUAAAACAAAGGGAUGAGGAAUCCAAAGACACAAAUUCCCAUGAAGAGGAUCCAAAGGUGGAUAAUCAUGAUACAGAUAUAGAGUUGGAUGGGUCUGAUAAUGCUGCAAAGAAUGGAGGAUCAUCCUCUAGUAAAGACUUGGGCCCUGCCUCACAUCCUGGAGAACUUGGGAGUAGGGAAACAAGUUUCUCCACAUCAGGUUCCAAUCACAGCUUUGACUCUGCUGGGGGAUUUGUAGUAAGGGGAAGUUUCUCCUCUGCAAACAACAUGAAUGGUGAUGGGAACAAACCCACUGGAAGAGAUGACUCAACCAGCUCCCAAACUAGUGCAUCUCACGACAAAUAUACCUUUGAAGAUCCUCCUCAAUCAAUUCAUUCAUUAUUUAAUUCAAGGGUAAUGGGUUCAGGAAAUCUUUCUCAGAAUCCUCCGCCAGACAUAGCUCUAAGUGCUUCAAAUGUUAUUGCCUCAUCAUCCUUGACAAAUGGUGGUUCUUCUAAAAACCUUCUGGAAGCUGCAGAAGAUACAAUAGAAGAGCUUCGUGCAGAAGCAAAAAUGUGGGAAAGAAAUUCGCAGAAGCUAAUGCUUGAUUUAGAAAUCCUGAGGAAGGAGUUCUCUGAUCAGUCAAAAAACCAGGCAACUUUGGAUAUGGAGCUUUCAGCAGCAUACUCAGAACGUGAUGCUUUGAAGAAAGAAAUUGAUCAACUGAAAAUAUUGUUAGAGGAAUCAGAGAUGAAACAAGCCAUGGGGGAGUCCACAUUUCAAGAUGAAGGAGCAACCCAUAUUCAAAAGGAACUAGAGGAUGAGAUAAAAUUUCAGAAAGAAUCCAAUGCAAAUCUUGCUCUGCAGUUGAGGAGAAGUCAAGAGUCAAACAUUGAGCUUGUUUCUGUCCUUCAGGAACUGGAAUUGACGAUAGAAAAGCAGAAAAUUGAGCUAGAGGAUCUUGCAGCUUUACGGUUGAAACUCAAUGAUGCAGAUAGCUCCAUCCAUGAGAGUUUAGCAGAAAACAAGGAUGUAGCACUCCAGCUGCAACAAUUGCAGGAUUCGGAGAAAAAUUUACAAGUUAAGGUGGGAUUUCUGGAACAAGCCUUGGAAGACAAAAACCAUGAGUUAGAGAAUGAACGGAGUUUGAGUAAUCAGGCUAUUUUGGAUGUUGAGACAGGAUACAAAUCCAAAUUAUCUGCUAAAGAAGAAGAAAUCGUCGACUUGGAAGCAAGAUUAUCCGAGUCUAUCAAAGGAACAAAUUCAGAGCAAAUGGUUGCCAAUAAUGGAGGUGAUGAAAGUCUGAUCAAAGAAAUUGAAGCCUUGAAAGUAAAGUUGGAGGAGCUAGAGAGAGAUUGCAAUGAGCUCACAGAUGAAAAUCUGGAACUCUUAUUCAAGCUUAAGGAAUCAAAAAGCAAAUCCAUGGGAGGAAGCGCAUCCUUUGAUUUUUCAUCCACUGAGGUUCCGGCUAAAUCUUAUUCCAGUUCUGAGUCAGAAGUGAGUGAACUUAAGCUCCAAAUAUGCCAUCUGGAGCAAGAGCUGGAGAAGAAAGUGCAUGGGGAGGAUCAGCUUGCUGCCUUUGGAACAUCAACUAUUUUUUCUGAAGUAUUUAAACAGCUUCAGAUGGCUCUGUCUCAAAUAAAGAAACCAUGGUAUGGUGUAUCUUCUCAUGUAAAUGAAGAAUGUGGCUGCGAUAUUGAUAACUUAGUUGAUUUGAAGAGUGUAGAUGCGAUUGCUCACAGAGACCAUGUGGAAUCUAUCAUGAACUGUUUAGUUGAACUGAACAGAUUAUUGGAAGCAAGGAUAAUUGAAUGUGAAGAAGUUCGCAAACAUGAUGAAGCUGAGAUCAGGGAUGGGAGCAGAACAAUUAUAGAGGCCCAAAAGAAGCUGGAAGACUACAUUGUAAAGGAAAAUAAUCUUUAUCGAUCGAUUCAUGAAAUUGAGAGUUCAAAGAUGGAACUGGAAGUUAAAGUUACAGAUCUGGAUAAGGAAUUGACAGAAAGAAAGUCUGAGCUAAUAAAGCUUGAAGCUUGUCUGCUAUCAAAGGAAGAGGAAAUUGGUCUCCUUAGACAGUCCCAAAGGGAAUCAGAAAGUCAGGUUUCUGAGCUUCAAAAAGAAAAAACUCAGCUGGAGGAAAACAUUGAAAUUGUGGUGAGAGAAAGUAAUAUUACCUCCAAAUGCUUGGAUGAUUUGCGAAAUGAUUUAAUGGUGCUUAGCAGCAGUGUGGAUUCCCAUGUUUCUGCCAACAGGAUCCUUCGGAGGAAAAUGUCAGAGCUAGAGAAUGGAAAGCGUGAACUAGAGCUCCAUAUAUCUGAGUUAGAACUAGAGAAUGUUCAGUUAUCAGAACGCACAUCAGGCUUGGAAGCUCAACUAAGGUAUUUGACAGAUGAGAGAGCAUCCUGCCAGCUGGAACUAGAGAAUUCUAAAUCUGUAGCCUCGAGUUUCCAAGAUGAGAUCAGAAGACUGGCAAUUGAGAUGGAGACACAAAAGGUGGUUAUAGAACAAAAACUACAGGACAUGCAAACUAAAUGGUCAGAAGCUCAAGAAGAGUGUGACUACCUGAAAAGAGCAAACCCUAAAUUAAAGGCCACUGCUGAGAGACUCAUUGACGAGUGCAGCUCUCUUCAGAAGUCCAACGGAGAGUUGAGAAAGCAAAAACUGGAGUUGCAUGAGCGCUCUACUCUAUUGGAGGCCAAAUUGAGGGAAUCACAGAAAAGAUUUGCCAAUUGCUCCAAAAGAGUAGAAGUUUUAGAAGAAAAUCUUUCUUCAAUGCUUGAAGAUAUGGCUUCAAAAGAGAAAAUCUUCACUUCAGAAUUAGAUAUUCUACUUCAAGAAAACAGGAAACAGAAGGAGAAACUUAUUCUGGGGGAAAGCUUGUUCAAUCAGAGGUACUCGGAGAAGACAGCAGAAGUUGAGAAGCUUCAGAAAGAGGUAGAACACCUAAACAAUCAAAUUUCUGCAACCCAUGAUGAAAGAGAGAGAAUAACAUCCAAUUCUGUUUAUGAAGCAUCCAGCUUACAUGCAGAUAAAGCUAAACUUGAAUCUGAGCUUCAAGAAGUUCAGUCCAAAGUUAAAUUGAUUGAGAAUGAGCUCUAUAUUGUCCAACUGGAAUCUGAAGAAAAGGUACAAGGCUUGACGAGUGACCUUUCUAUUUCCAAACAAAAUCAUUCAAUGCUGAUGGCUGACCACAAAAAAAAUUUGAAGUUGCUGGAAAAUUAUAGAUCAAGUGAAGAGAAACUUAAGACCACUUUGAGUGAUCUUGAACUAAAGCUUACAGUUUCUGAAUAUGAGCGCCAACAACUCCUGGAAGAAACUGCUAGUUUGAAGGUUCAGUUGCAGAAAUUAGCACCUCUUCAGGAUGAAGUUUUGGCUCUGAAGGCUGAGUUUGAUGCAGCUAAAUUUGAAAGGGGAAAAAUGGAAGCUUCAUUGCAUUUAAUAUCUGCAGAUAACGAAGAACUCAAGGCAGAGAAGAUUUCAUUCAUUGAGAAGAUUUCUAGCUUGGAAACGUCCACAUCUGAAUUAGAGGACUGCAAACUAAAUCGAGUUGUCUUAGAAGAAAAGAUUUUGCGCAUGGAGGGUGAUUUAACUGCAAGAGAGGCAUUCUGUGCUCAGGAUGCUGAGCUGAAGAAUGAGCUCAGCCGGAUUAGGAGAGAAGUCAGGCAAUUUCAGCGAAAAGUAGAACAACUUGAGGAGGAGAAGAAUGAAUGCCUGAAGAGAGCCGAAGCCCUUGAAGAGGAACUGAAAUUGAUGAAGGAAGAGAAACAAGGUCGGAGCGAGUCCAGCAGUAAAAAAUUUACUGGUCUCUCCAAUGCCAAGGUGAAUCAUAUGAGCUCAAAGAAUGAAACAGCAAAGAGCACCAAUCAACAUCGUGAUAAUAGAAGGAAGCAAUCCACGAAGACCGGUCAAGUACGAGAACUUUUGAAAGAUCAACAGAAUACCUACAGCACCCAACAUCAACAAGAGGGUGAUGAAAAGAAUGGCUUGCAAGAUAAAAAUUCUCAUGCUGUUGGAGUUGAUCCUGUUUCAAAGGUGCAGUUGCUCGAGAAUGAACUUGCUGAGGCAUUGGAGGCCAAUAAAAAGUAUAAAGUUCAGCUUAAAAGGUUGUCUGAUGGGCGAAAAGGUCCUGCAGAUGCUUCAAGGAAAUCAACAGCUGAUGGUGAAGUAGUACCAAAAGAAAGAUAUGAACGCACAAAAUCAUCCCUAGAGUCAGAGUUAAGAGACAUUCGUGAACGCUACUUCCACAUGAGCCUCAAAUAUGCAGAGGUUGAAGCUCAGCGUGAGGAACUUGUGAUGAAGCUCAAGGUCACCAAGAAUGGAAAGAGGUGGUUCUCAUGAAUCCUUUCCCUUUUAUCUUCUCCAAAUCCCAGGUGCAGCUUUUUUGGUGAAUCUUUUUUGUUGUAUCACAAUUUUCAUUUUGCACUCAUAUUCAUCACAGAUUCACAAUAGGGUUUGCGAUUUGUGUAAUGUAGUAUUAGCCAAAGGAAACUACUUUGUAAAUAAAAUAACAAUUAUAUAUAUAAGGUGCAUAACAUGAACAUGCAUGUGCCAUAUCAAACUAUCAAUGUUAGACGACCCGAGAAUAAUGUGUGCAAAAAUGUUAAGGGACUUCA